UACAGUUCUUUUUCCACCAUGUCUGGACGUGGUAAGCAAGGCGGCAAAGCCCGCGCCAAGGCCAAGACCCGCUCUUCCCGGGCCGGGCUCCAGUUCCCCGUGGGCCGUGUGCACCGCCUGCUCCGCAAGGGCAACUACGCCGAGCGGGUCGGAGCCGGCGCGCCGGUGUACCUGGCGGCGGUGCUGGAGUAUCUGACGGCCGAGAUUCUGGAGCUGGCUGGCAACGCGGCCCGCGACAACAAGAAGACGCGCAUCAUCCCGCGCCACCUGCAGCUGGCCAUCCGCAACGACGAGGAGCUCAACAAGCUGCUGGGUAAAGUCACCAUCGCUCAGGGCGGCGUCCUGCCCAACAUCCAGGCCGUGCUGCUGCCCAAGAAGACCGAGAGUCACCAUAAGGCCAAGGGAAAGUAGAGGUCUGGAGAAGUUUACAAUUCGGAAACCUCCUGUUGAAACCAAAAGGCUCUUUUCAGAGCCAACCACAUUAUCACCAAGGGGAGCUGUGCUGCACAAUUAUGUCCAGUAGUUUAAACCAAUUUGCAAUGGUUUUUAAAUGCCUUUCUUUUAGCUGAAAUACAGAGGAACCAAAACCAUUCCAGUCUCAUCGUUUGGGGUUAGGGAGACGUUGUUUCCUAAGCCUAUACAGAAGUUUAAGUUAUUUAUA